CUAGGCGGGUGAGCGAGUGCGGCGCGGCGGCGGCCGGCCCGGCCGCGGUGUUCUAUGGGAUAGUGGUGGAUAGAGGCUAUCCUCGGUUCAGAGCGCUAGGGCCAGGCAGGAGCAGGGUAUGAAGAUGGCGGACGCCAAACAGAAGCGGAACGAGCAGCUGAAGCGCUGGCUCGGCUCCGAGACCGACCUGGAGCCGCCCGUGGUCAAGCGCAAAAAGACCAAGGUGAAGUUCGAUGACGGCGCCGUCUUCCUGGCCGCCUGCUCCAGCGGGGACACGGACGAGGUGCUGCGGCUGCUGGAGCGGGGCGCCGACAUCAACUACGCCAAUGUGGACGGGCUCACCGCACUGCACCAGGCUUGCAUAGAUGAUAACGUAGAUAUGGUGAAAUUUCUGGUGGAAAAUGGAGCAAACAUUAAUCAACCAGAUAAUGAAGGUUGGAUACCUCUACAUGCGGCUUCAUCCUGUGGAUAUCUUGAUAUAGCAGAGUAUUUAAUUAGUCAAGGAGCACAUGUAGGAGCUGUGAAUAGUGAAGGAGACACUCCAUUAGAUAUUGCUGAGGAAGAGGCAAUGGAAGAGCUGCUUCAAAAUGAAGUAAAUAGACAAGGGGUUGAUAUAGCGGCAGCUCGAAAAGAAGAAGAACGGAUAAUGCUUAGAGAUGCAAGACAGUGGCUUAACAGUGGCCGUAUAAAUGAUGUCAGGCAUGCAAAAUCUGGUGGUACAGCACUUCAUGUCGCUGCUGCUAAAGGGUAUACAGAAGUUUUAAAGCUUUUAAUACAGGCUGGCUAUGAUGUAAAUAUUAAAGAUUAUGAUGGCUGGACACCACUUCAUGCUGCUGCUCACUGGGGUAAAGAAGAAGCAUGUCGAAUUUUAGUGGAAAACCUGUGUGAUACGGAGACUGUCAACAAAGUGGGUCAGACAGCAUUUGAUGUAGCAGAUGAAGAUAUUCUAGGAUAUUUAGAAGAAUUACAAAAGAAGCAAAAUCUGCUUCAUAGUGAAAAACGGGAAAAGAAAUCUCCCUUAAUUGAAUCUACAGCCAACAUGGAUAAUAAUCAGUCACAAAAGCCAUUUAAAAAUAAAGAAACUUUGAUUAUUGAGCAAGAAAAGAAUGCAUCUAGUAUUGAGUCUCUGGAACAAGAGAAAGCAGAUGAGGAAGAAGAGGGAAAGAAGGAUGAAUCCAGUUGUUCAAGUGAAGAGGAUGAGGAAGAAGACUCAGAAUCUGAAGCUGAAACAGACAAAACCAAACCUUUGCCAUCUGUAACUAAUAAUACAAAUAACAUCAGUGCACAACCAGCUUCUGUAGCUGUGACAGCAUCUUCCAUAACCACUGGUCAAGUGACACCUACAUCACCCAUUAAGAAGUUUCCAACUUCAACAACCAAGGUUUCUCCCAAAGAGGAAGAGAGAAAAGAUGAAUCUCCUGCCUCUUGGAGGUUAGGUCUUCGAAAGACUGGCAGCUAUGGGGCACUCGCAGAGAUUACAGCUUCCAAAGAAGCUCAGAAAGAAAAGGACUCUACAGGUGUUAUGCGUUCGGCUUCAAGUCCCAGACUCUCUUCUUCAUUAGACAACAAAGAAAAGGAGAAGGAUAAUAAAGGAACUAGACUUGCAUAUGUUGCACCUACAAUACCAAGACGACUGGCCAGUACAUCUGACGUUGAUGAGAAAGAAAACAGGGAUUCAUCUGCUAGCUCAAUACGUAGUAGUGGUUCUUACACAAGAAGAAAAUGGGAGGAAGAUGUCAAGAAAAACAGCUUGAAUGAAGGACCUACAUCACUAAAUACAAGUUAUCAAAAAAGUGGCUCCUUUGGUAGAAGACAAGAUGACUUGAUUAGUUCUCAUGUUCCAAGUACUACGUCAGCACCAACAGUUACCUCUUCAGCUGGUCUUCAGAAAAAUCUGCUUUCCAGCACAAACACUACUACAAAGAUUACAACGGGUUCUACUUCAGCAGGUGUACAAAGCAGUACCUCAAAUCGUUUGUGGGCUGAGGAUAGUACUGAGAAAGAAAAGGACAAUGUUCCUACAGCAGUGACCGUUCCUGUUGCGCCAUCUGUUGUAAAUGCUACAGCUACUACCACAACCAUGACUACAACUACUUCUGGCACUGUGUCCUCCACGUCAGAGGUCAGGGAGAGACGGAGAUCAUACCUCACUCCUGUUCGGGAUGAAGAGUCUGAGUCCCAAAGAAAAGCUAGAUCCAGGCAAGCAAGACAGUCCAGAAGAUCCACACAGGGUGUAACACUGACUGAUCUUCAAGAAGCUGAAAAAACUAUAGGAAGAAGUCGUCCUACACGAACCAGAGAACAAGAGAAUGAAGAAAAGGAGAAGGAGGAGAAGGAAAAACAAGACAAAGAAAAACAGGAGGACAAGAAGGAAUCAGAAACUAAAGAAGAUGACUUUAGACAAAGAUAUUCCAGAACUCUUGAGGAGCCCUAUCAUCGCUAUAGGCCAGUUUCAACUACAACUCCAACUACGUCAUCAUCCUCUUCGCUUUCCACCUCCACUAGUUCUCUUUCUACUUCAAGUCAAGUAAACAGACCAAACAGCCUUAUAGGUAUAACUUCUGUUUAUCCCAGGAGUGGAACAAAAGAAAAUGAGAGAGAAGGCCGGAAAAAAGAAGAAGAGAAGGAAGAAGAUAAAUCACAGUCAAAAUCAAUAAGAGACAGGCGGCGACCAAGAGAAAAACGAAGAUCUACAGGAGUUUCCUUUUGGACUCAAGAUAGUGAUGAAAAUGAACAGGAACACCAGUCUGAUUCAGAAGAAGGAACAAAUAAGAAAGAAACCCAGAGUGAUAGUCUUUCACGAUACGAUACAGGAUCAAUCAGCACAUCAUCAGGCGACCGUUAUGAUUCACUGCUGGGGCGGUCUGGGUCACAGAGUUACUUUGAAGAACGAAAACCAUAUUGUAGUAGGCUAGAAAAAGAAGAUGCAACUGACUUUAAAAAGCUUUACGAACAGAUUCUAACUGAAAAUGAAAAGCUGAAAGCACAGUUACAUGAUACCAACAUGGAGCUGACGGAUCUUAAACUACAGUUGGAAAAGGCCACUCAGAGACAAGAGAGAUUUGCUGACAGGUCACUCUUGGAAAUGGAAAAAAGGGAACGAAGAGCUCUAGAAAGACGGAUAUCUGAAAUGGAAGAGGAACUCAAAAUUCAAUCUUUGAGACAUUUAAAUGAGCGACUGCUGGCUGAGAAUAGGGCCUUGACCAGAGUGGUUACAAAGCUCUCAGGGUCCUGUAGGCAACUACGUUCUGUGGACUUAUGCUACCAGACUUGAAGGCAGACAACCAGAGGCUAAAAGAUGAAAAUGGGGCCUUGAUCAGAGUUAUAAGCAAACUUUCCAAAUAAAAAGGUUUACUACAGCAGCAAAAUGGUAUUGCACAUAUCUAGUAACUCCAGUGGACCAUGAUGUGGCAGUCACUGGAAGCUUGGGAAGAUUCCUUGGAGACUGUCAUUUUCAGAUAUCCUGCCAAAUGCCCUCUUACCUGUGUUCUUUUUAUCAGGAUCAUUGUUUCAUGUUAAAGUGCAGCUGCUGAGAAGAUAAAAUGACUGAGAAAUCUUGUUUACAGCUACAGCAAAUAAGGAAAGUGUUCAAGGCCAGAUAUGCCUCAGAUAUUUAACCAGUAAAGCCUUAGUUGUACAUAAACACUUUUUGCAUCAACAAAAGCUUUCAGCUCUCACAGAAGACAGUUACUCAUGUUGUGCCACAGUUCAUAGUUUUUCUAUACUCAGUUUUUUCUUUACAUCUACGUUUGGAUUUGUGUUUUCCCUUUUAAUUAUUCAUGUACCAGUUUUUUUUCUUGUACAGUGUUUUCACGGCUUUAUCAUUUGCAAAGACCACACAACCCUUUAAAAUACAUCUUUGUGUUGCUAACUAGAAUUGUAUUGUCCAACCACCUGGAACAGAAAUGUUUGGUGGAACAUUUGCUUUCACUGUUUGUGCAAUAUGCAUUUAUUUCCUAUACACGAUGCUUUAAAGUCAGUUGAAACUAGAAUUAUUUUACAAGUCCUGUUUUCUGCCUUUAUUGGUCACUUUAAAAAAAAAAAAAAGUUUGUAGUGAAACGUGUUAGAUCCUGUAAUCUUCACAUUCAUUUUAGCAGGUACUGAGUGAUGCUGUAUAUAUAAAUGUGUACUGUUUUGAUUUUCAGACCACCACGUGGCAUGCUUGAAUAUCUUCCCUAUUGCAAAUGUCUGUUAAUGCAAAUUAGGCUACUCCAGAAUAGUGUGUUUAACAAAGUUCAUUGAUUUUUAUGGUAUAAUGAAUUUACACAUUGUACAUUGUACGGAGCCCUAUCUUGACAAAAGGUUUGAACUAUAAAAUACUUUUAUUACCUUCUUCCUCCCAUUUUUUCAUUUGAUAGUGUUCACCAUAAUAAAAGUUACAUAAAUAUAACUGCUUCACUACAUUUCACAUACCUGUAUUUAUCUGAGUGCUGUCCAAAACUGUUGUGCUAGCCAAAGUAAAGUUACUAAAUCAUUUGAAAAACCUAACCCAUUACACUCACAAUGUUUAUAUGCACUGUUAUUGCCAUGUGAAAAGGCAUCUGAGUUGAUACCACCAUCAUGUUCAGACCAUUUUAUACAUUUCAGAGGCCUUUUUUUAAAAAAGUACUUAAGUGAAGAUUGCUUUUGUUAGAAACAAACAGCUUUUAUAUUUUCACUAAACUAUACAAGAUGACAUCUUAUUGGCACAUAGACUAUUGCCUAAUACCACUGAACAGUUCAGCCAUUAAAAUAAAUUGUACAUUGUAAAGCUUGUAGUAGCUAUUGUAUUCUUGGUUAUUGUAUACUAUAUUAAAUGUGAAUUUGUACCCCUUCAUUUAAAAAGGUCAUUGUGUUCUACUGCCUACUUCUUGGGGAGGGGUUUUGUUUAAUUGGGGUGGGGAGGGUUUUUUUGUGUGUGUGUUUUGUUUUUUUGUUUUAUUUUUGUUUUGUUUUGGUUUUUUGGUAAGGGGAACAUGUUCUUUCUGUUUGGUUUUUUGAAGAUGUAAGGUUAUGCUCUUACUACCAAGCUCAGGAUUCUUGAUUUUAAAGGUACAAGGAUAGUUUUUGAGAUAUCUUGUUAUAAUUGAUCUGUAUGAGAGAUGGGUCUGAAUAUAGGGAACCACCAUUGUCUUACGCUAACGUAAAAGGCAGAGAAUUGAUCAGUUUGAAUGGAUGCAACAUGUUCAGUUCUCUUAUGAGACACUUAGGCAUAUUCUGGAUUAUAUUUGGUAAAGUUUGGGUGCCUGUGAAUGAGUAAAUACGUGUUUCUAAUAUUUUAGUGUUUUAUAUUUAGGUUAUUUAUUCUUUAUCUAAAAACCGAACGGCUACUGUGCUAUAUUGAUUUUAUUGGUAGUACUGAGCAGACCUUGUAUCUGCAUGAAACUAGUUGCAAAACCCACUCUUUUGGAAAAAAUGUAUUUUGACAUAUACAAAUAAAAUGAAUAAAAACUAUUUUAAAUGUGUGAAAGUUUUACUGAGGAUAUUUUAAACCAUGUUAUGAGUUUGGUAUUUAAAUUAUUCAGUGGGCAUUUUUUCAUUCAUUGCUUUACUUGGAUGCAAAGUUCAAGUGCUUUUCAAAGAUUGUAAUCAAAUUGUGAUUAUUUGCACAUCCUUGUACAUGCACAUAUGUAAAUGCACCAGUAAAAAUGCCAUAUUUAUGCAAUCUGUAACAACUUGGACAAAUGUUUAUAUAUUUUACAUAAACCUGUCUGUAUGCAGAACUUAA